AUGAUGAUUGCUCGUUUUGUGCUCAGCAUUCUAAUCGUAGCGGCGAUAGUUUCUGGUAGUGAGUUUUCUGAUACUCGUGAUGCAAAAGUAGAAAAAAUCUUAAAGAAACUCAACAAACCUGCUCUUAAAUCUAUCAAGAGUCCAGAUGGAGAUAUAAUAGACUGCGUUCAUAUGAAUAAUCAUCCAAUUUAUGAUCAUCCUUUAUUCAAAAACUACACGAUUCAGAUGAAACCAAGUUCUUACCCUAAAGGUAAAAAUAAUGAAUCUUCAGACAAAGAGAAACAAAGUGUUGUGACUCAACUAUGGACAGUUAACGGGAAAUGCCCCAAAAACAGUAUUCCGAUCAGAAGAACGAGAAGAAAAGAAAUUUUGCGAACCGAAUAUAUGCAAAGAUAUGACAAAAAGAAUCCAAACAUAAUAAAUCAUCCUAAAGCAUCAACUAGUAACUCCAUACAUGAGUACGCGCAAAUCCAAGCGAAAGGAAAGUUUCAUGGAGCCCAUGCGGAUAUAAAUGUUUGGAAACCUUUUGUACAAACACCAAAAGAGUUUAGCCUAGCACAAAUGUGGGUUAUGGCUGGUCCGUUUUCUGAAGUUAAUAGCGUUGAAGCUGGUUGGCAGGUGUAUCAAGAUCGUUAUGGCGAUGACAACCCAAGAUACUUUAUUUUUUGGACUGCGGAUGGGUACCACUCAGGCUGUUACAAUCUUGAUUGCCAAGGAUUUGUUCCUGUCAGCCAAAAAUUUGCCCUUGGUGCAGCCGUUAGCAAUGUUUCCACCUUCGAUGGUCAACAAUACCAUAUUUCCACAACUAUAUGGAAGGAUCCAAAUUCAGGGAAUUGGUGGUUAAAAUUUGGUGAUGAAUUUGUCGGAUAUUGGCCUUCCAUAUUGUUCAACCAUCUAAAAGAUGGUGCGACAGAAAUUCAGUGGGGAGGUGAAAUAAUAAAUUUUAAAGAUGGUGCACUACACACCACGACGAGAAUGGGGAGUGGACAUUUUGCAGAGUCUGGAUAUCAAAAAGCAAGUUAUUUCAAGGAUGUUGAGAUAAUUGAUGAACGUGAUAUUCAUAGUAGUCCUAAAGAAGGUUAUUCUUAUAUGACGCAAGAGAGUUGUUAUAACAUCAGGUCUGGCUAUGCUAAAGUAUGGGGAGUUUAUUUUUAUUAUGGUGGCCCAGGUCGAAAUCUGAAUUGUAAAUAAUCAUAUUUAUAUAAAUGGUAAAAUCUAAGCAAACUUUUAAAUAAAA